GGACCAUUUGCCUAGAGAAAUGGACAAGACAAUGCUUGACCUAGAAGUGAAGUGAGAUUUUCGACGAAAAAGAUUUAUAAUUUAAGGGACCCAUUUGCCCCAAAAUAAAUACCCACUUUUCAUUUUCAUUUUCAUUUUUUAACUCCAAUUGCUUCCCAAGAUCUGAUUUUUAUUUUCAAUCUAGGGUUCUUACCACAAGAUCUGAAUCAGUUUCAGUUCAGAAAUUUGAAGAGAGUAACUACCAAGUACAUUGAAGUUUGUGUUUAUCACCAAUAACCGAAAAAAAUUUCGGGUCGAACUGAAAUUAGUUUUGGGAUAUGAUAAUAUAAUGGGGAAGAAAGGAAGCUGGUUUUCUUCAAUUAAAAAGGCGCUGAGUCCUCACUCGAAGGAAAAGAAAAACCAGAAAUUAAAGAAGAAAGGGCUCGAAGAUGAAAAACCUUCUGUUUCCAUUACAAAACCCGCUAGCGGUUCUCAUGAUUCUCCUUCACUUCCACCACCAGAGGAAGCGAAACCGUUCAAAGUGGAGAAUGAGCUAAAAAGUCAUGCUAAUUCGGUUUCUUCUGAGGCGGCUGCCACCACAACUCAGGCUGCCGCCACUACCACAACUCAGUCUGCUGCCAUUACAACUCAGGCUGCUGCUGAGUCCACUCAACUCACUGAGUUGACUCGGUAUUCAGGAAAAACAGCCGAGGAAACAGCGUCCAUUCGAAUUCAAGCAGCUUUUCGCGGAUAUCUGGCAAGAAGGGCGUUACGGGCGUUGAGAGGGCUUGUAAGGUUGAAAACUCUAAUCGAAGGGCCAACGGGCAAUCGGCAAACGGCAACCACACUCAAAUGCAUGCAAAAUCUAUCUCGUGUGCAGUGUCAGAUCAAUUCUCGGAGGAUUCGAAUGUCCGAGGAGAAUCAGGCUCUUCAGAGACAACUUCUACAGAAACAAGCGAAAGAACUCGAGAUUUCACAGAUGGGAGAAGAAUGGAACGAUAGCUUGCAGUCCAAGGAACAAAUCGAAGCAAAGCUAUUAAGCAAAUACGAAGCAACUAUGAGACGAGAACGGGCCAUGGCUUAUUCGUUUUCUCAUCAGCAACCAUGGAAGAAAUCAUCGAGAACGACAAACUUACUCUUCAUGGACCCGACGAAUCCGCAAUGGGGUUGGAGCUGGUUAGAGCGAUACAUGGCUGGCCGACCAUGGGAGACCGAGAAAAAUCAAUCAUCAGUUAAAAACGGCAUCAACAUUACCGGAACCGAAAUCGCGAAAUCGUACGCGCGUCGGCAACUCAACUCUACCCCUUCAACCCCAAAGUCAGCAGCGGGUGGUCGAGUAGCAUCGCAGAAGGUCAAACGCAGGUCAAACUCUAGAACAACCUUCGGGCCGAUCCCUGAUGAUGAUAUGAGAAGUGUGUUUAGCGUGCGGUCUGAGAUGAACAGAAGGCAUAGCAUCGCGGCGUCCUCUGUGAGAGAUGACGAGAGUAUGGACAGUUCGCUGUCGGUUCCGAGUUACAUGGCGCAAACGAAGUCUGCAAAGGCGAAGUUAAAGGGGCAGAGCAUGUUGGGGGCGGUGGAGAACGGUCUUGCGGAAAUGGAGUUUGGGUCGAAGAGACAUUUGUCGGGAUCGCCGGCUAGACCGAGGCGUCAUUCGGGCCCACCCAAGGUGCAAACUAGCAUUUCUAUGGUGAUUUGAGCAAGUUCUUGGUUUGCAAGACCAGAUGAGAAGAGUUUGUUAGAAAAGGGGGUCAAAGUUGACUGUUGUUGACUUGGUAGUGAUUUAAGUCAUUUGUUUUAGAAUUGAGGGUGUGGGUUAUAGUUGUUUUAAUAUGGAUGAAUGAUUGUUAUUGUUAUACCUAAUAAAGGAUAAACCAUAAACUUACAAAUCUUGACCCAAAAAGGAAUUGACUUUAUGAA